GGCGGGACUGGCGUUGUCGGGCGUGGUUGUGCAAUGAGGCUACGCGGGGGGUCGGCCAAUCAGGGUCACGUGCGCAAUUUCGAACGCGAUUUGUUUACGAAUGCGAAAACCCCACGUCACCUCCUGACCGUCUCCCACCAACAAUCAAUUCAGCACAAACAAUGAGGGCAAAUGUCGCGCUGUUCCUCACGAAUCUGCGGCUCCUUGACCUCGACCUUCGAGAUAGCUGGCCUGACAUCACAGCUCUGACCUUCUCUACCUCUCAGCAAAACCAAAAGAAGCGGAUCCAAUGCGUCGAAUGGGCUCUCUACCAACUGUUUGCGCUGUGUGAUCCAGAGGAAACCCGAAAUAAACUUCAACCUUUCUUCCCGCCUCUCGAACCUCUACAAUCUCUCAACCUUCGCGCAGCCCUCUUCCGAUGUCUCGACCAAGCGAAGAAGAAUGGAAUACUUGGGAGGGACACAGUACUGAGGAAGACAAUGCUGGAUGAAUGCAAAGGAGAGAGAUUGGAGGAGGUCCUCGCGGUAUUCUCGAAUGCGGUCCUGAAGAAAGUACUUCAAGGAGGCUCUAAACAACAUGAAGCUUUGGCACAGCAAUUGGCGUUUGAAAACUUCUCAUACAAGGGGGAACGUACUGUCUUAUCGGCUUUGAUCACGGCACACAAGGUGUCCUUAAGCAGGCUGUUACGGGUGAAGGACGACGCAAGAGCUAAUUACGAUGACUUCGCGGAUCUUCUCAACCUAAACGACCGACGCAUCGCACGCCGACAUGAGCAACUCAAACAAGCCAUUGAGGAGAGUGGGCCGCAAGGACAGAUUUCAGAGCGUGACGCUGCUGCGGUUCAGGAGCUAGUCCAAAGCAAUUGGUCAGGCCAGCAAGAGUGGUUGGAUACUAUCCUCUACGGGGACAGCAUAAGGGGCGGAAAUGGGCUUCUGGCAACACGGUUUGACAAGGUUUGGAGGCAUGUCGAGCAUGGUAGCAUCGGUGAAUUGGAAGAUCAGAAGCAUGUGGGUCUUCUUGAACAGCUCGAUGCACGAGUAAAGGCUCAAGAGAGUCGGUUGUCAAGAUGGCAGGAGUUUGGUAAGACGCUUUCCAAGGUUGGAGCCGCCUCUCCUACGAAACAAUCUGCGCCAGUUUUGGCAGAGCGGAAGAAAGUCGACCUGGGAUUCAACAAACACCAAGCUUUGCAAAUCGGUCGCAGUAGUCUAGUGAAGGAUAGACACCCUACCUCCACCUCGCUGGAAGAGUAUACCCGUUUGAUCGAGAACAUGCAAUCAGAGCUCGCAGAGGUUGGCAAGCCACGGGCCCAGACCAGGCGACCUCCACGUCAAAGCCUCCUUCCAGAACAGCGACAGCUCUUUCUUCCACCAUCUGCCAUUCCUGGGCAGGAAGAACUCGAAACCCAGGAGAAAGAAUGGUCGUCUGUUAGCGAGAUGGACGAACCCUCACCGGGCUCUCUCGGUUACGCUACCAAGUCCACGUCUCGCACCCCCCCUUUAGAGGCUCCGCCGAAAGCGUCGCGACCCGAACGAGAUCUUGCAUCCAAGAAGCCCCCAGUCCCAAAAUAUGCAAGCAAAUCCGUCACAGAUGAUGUUCCCGACUCUUCCACGAUGCCCACCGAACCCCAGAGCACUAGAUCGCCAUCACCAGGACGAUACCUCCGCACUCCUCCACCCCUCGAGCCCAGAAAAGCCAUCGAACCUACUGAUACAAAGUUCAUCAAGCCAAAAGAUUCUGAUUCUGAUCUCGCAGAUCACAUCUUGAACUCCGUCGCCGCAGCAUCACCCUCACCCAAGAAACCCCGUCACACUCUAUCACUGGCCGAACGUACCCGUCUCUCAAUGUCUCGCGCAUCACACUCCCAAUACUCAGACCUUCACGACGACAUGGACAUCCCCGACAUAUCCCGUCUAUCAAUCAAACCCCGACAGUCGACAGCGCCUAUUUCAAAGACUUCCAGCUCCGAAUCCGAAGGUUUGCAUGCUGACUUGAUCGAACGCACGCGUAAAAGCAUGGCCGGUUUUGAGGCAGCACAGAAGAAAGCCCAGCUCGAGCGAAGAAAGAGUGCCAAGGAUGCAAAAAAGAAGCAGCGGGAGUCGAGCUACUUUCCGAAGGUUGAGGAGGAGGUAGUGACACCCGAUAUCAGUGCGAUUGAGUUGCUUGAGGGGGAUCCUGAUUAUGAGAGCGUGUUCAAGAGUCGACCGAAGAUUAAGACGAGUCCGGCGGUUAUGACAACGACCCUGGCUGCGACGUUGGAUUGCCAGAGGGUUGAACCUGAAUUAAUCAGAAAUAAAGUCUUGACACAACAAUUGCUCUUUCUCGUCAUUUGAUCAGUUUGAAGAAUCCGGGGCGUCGAUGCGGUCCAUCGGGCCUGCUUCUUUGGGCCAACUCUAUACGAUGCAUAUAAGGCUAACUC